CAUUAUGGGGAGAAUAUAAUAGAUUAAUGUUUGAUCCAUACUCCAAACUGGAAGGUGGCAGUAAUGCACCUAUAAAUUGUUUGCCAACCGCAAUAAAAAAAGAGAAGAAGAAGAGGAAGCUGCCUUCUGGAGACGCAAGCCCCGAGGAGAGAAGCAUGGCAGAAGCUGCUGAUUAUCCGAUCCUCGCCCAGGAAGACACGCCUGAACGGGUCAAAGAGCUGCGGCGUGCCAUCAGAGAAAGCAGCCAGGAAGCGGAGAAGGUUCUGCAGGAGACGCUGCUGGUCCAGGAGGAGACGGCCCGCUGUAGGAGAGAACUUCAGCAGAGAAUGGAGCUGAUCACAGGCAAUGAGGAGAUAGUAGAAGCCCUGCAACAAGUAGGCAGACUUCUGCAAGAGGAACAGGAUCUGUUGGAAAAGCGGGCUGAGCAGGCAGCUCUGCACAGAGAACAAAUGAGUGUUUUGGAGGAGCGGAGAACGGCUGCGUCACAAAGGGUCCAAAGUCUUGUUGCUCAAAUCCAGGAGGCCAAGGAGCUGAAGUCUGGUGAGGGUGGAGCACAACCUUCAAAGCGUGCCCCUAAAAGAAGACCAAGGAAAAAAUAACAAUGUUUCCAGGGUGCCUUAUUUUAACUAUUGUCAUUUGUUUUCUACAUAAAAAUCUUUUGUCAAACCAAUAAAAUCUUUUUUUGAUACC